UUGGUGUCAAUGCAGACAGUCAUUGAAUAUAAUAUGUAAUAUUAUCUUCACUUCAUCUAACGGCCUUGUGAUGUACGCAACAAAAACCGUUAUCAACCGGGUGUUUGAUUUAGUGUGUACACAAUAUACCGAAUGGAUUUCGUUUUACCGAAUGCAUCGUUUUGAGCAUGUUGUCAGAUAUGCUACUUCGGGGCCGUUGUCUCCAAUGGCUACGACAGCUGACCAAUCACAGUAGUUUCUUAUGUUGACUUUUACUUUUGCACCAAUCACAAGAGACGCUUAAUUAGGUCAAGGGGAACGAACUUUCACCAUACAAGUGAGCUUGCUUGAUUGUUCAAUGCUCUGAGCGCAUGUUAUGAACGUUACGAUCAGUCUAGUUGAGCGUUCGCAAGGAAAGUAUCAUUCGCGUCAAACACAUUUGCUUGGUGGAUAAUAGGCUACUUUAUUGAACAUUUUGGAAACUAUCACAGUGAAGAACAUCCACGUCUUCACAAUGCCAUCCUCUCCUCCGAAGUGUGCAUGUCCCGAACAACCAAAGGAAAACAGUAUCCUCUUCUCAUUGUUGUCAACUCCACCAACAGAAGACCACGGUAGCAAAGAGACCUCAGUCGCAUAUCCUACAACACAGCUCGUAGACUCCAUACUUAAACGCACAUCGCGGUUACAACCGCCAGUGGUCGUAGCGCUACGAUACCCAGAACUAGUAUGUCAGCAGGCAGCCCAGCUGUUAUUAAAAAUUGUAGAUUUUGUUAAGGCCUUACCAUCGUGCAGCUGUUUGAGUUCGAAUGAUCGAGCCCUUCUUCUGAAGCACUGCUGGGCAGAACUUUUGUUAAUAAGUAUGACCAAAUACCGAUUCCGAUUUGAAAUUAUUGAGUACAUGUUAUGCUGCGGUUGUGCAAAUACGACUAACUCGUGCUGCGAAAUGUCUAACGAAAGCGUUGUGAUGAAGUGCUUAGCGGCACUUCAAGGCAUUCCAACCAAAUCCGACAUCCAAUUGAUGGACAGUUUCUUCACUCGGUGCGAGACGAUGGAGCUUGACGAUAAAGAAUAUGCAUUUCUACAGUCCGCAAUUUUGUUCAAUCCAGGUAUGUUAUGUCACACCUUUACAUUUAGAUAUACUAAGUAAUUUGCAUCUCUUAUA